AAGCCUUUGCAAAUGUUGCUAUCAGAAGACUCAUUCACAUAUAUAAUUGAACCAGACCUGGGACCUUUAGCACAGUAUAAGAGGUUGGAAGUUGUGUCAACAUUAAUCAUUGGACAAAAAGCAUGAACUCAAAUUUCUAUUCAUCUACCAACCUAAUUUAAAACACUAUUAUGAAUGCAAAAUCUUGUAAAGAUCCAACCUUUGAGCAGACAAAUGUGUCACCUGAAUCUUGAUUCUUCCUUCUUCACAUUAUUGGUCAAUCAUGUUCACUGCCAUUAAUUCACACUCCCAACUUUCUCUCAACUGCCGCUACUUUCAAACCCAAUUCUCCGUUCCCAAAUCAAGGUAUUUCAAGAUCAGUAACUGUUUGUCUCUCAACAAACCCAACAACCAAACCACAAAUGCAUCAACUGACAAUCUUCGAAUCAUAUUGGCAGCAGGUGGGACAGGUGGUCAUAUAUACCCCGCAAUCGCCAUUGCUGAUGAUCUCAAAACCCUUGACCCGAAAGCCCAAUUACUCUUUAUUGGCCGUCAAAACGGAAUGGAAAGCACUUCAGUACCAGCAGCUGGGUACCCAUUUGACCCGAUAGCCGCCGCUCCAUUGACCCGACCCGUUUACUCUCUUUACAACUUAUUCAUCCUCCCUUAUUUGUUAACCAAAUCCCUAGUUAAAAGUUUCCAAAUACUUAACGAAUUUAAACCACAUAUAGUUAUUGGAACUGGUGGGUUUGUUUCAUUUCCAAUUUGCUUAGCUGCAGGCUUACGUGGCAUUAAACUUGCAAUCCAAGAACAGAAUUCAGUACCUGGAAUUGCCAACCGGGUGCUUUCUUUAUUUGCUUAUAAAGUGUUUGUUGCAUUUAAUUCUACUGUUGAUUGUUUUUGGCAAAAGAGCAAAUGUGUGGUGUGUGGGAAUCCGGUUAGAUUGUCGUUGAGACAAUAUGCGUCGAAGGCUGUGGGAAGACGUCAUUUUUUUUCGAAUGCUGUGGUAGGGAAGGGGGAUGGUAAAGUCGUGUUGAUUCUUGGAGGCUCUUUGGGUGCAAAUGCACUUAAUGUUGCUGUUUUGCAUUUGUAUUCUGAGAUGUUGAACGAACGGGAAGACUUGUUUUUAAUAUGGCAGACUGGGGUUUUAGCGUAUGAUGAGAUGGAGAGCCUCGUGAAAUUCCAUCCCCGAUUAUACAUAGCCCCGUUCUUGCACUCGAUGGAUUUAGCCUAUGCAGCUGCGGACCUUAUUGUAUCUAGAGCUGGAGCAAUGACUUGCUCUGAAAUCUUAGCUGCUGGGAAACCUUGUAUUCUGGUACCUUCACCGAAUGUGGCUGAAGGACAUCAAUUUCACAAUGCUUGUCUAAUGGCUGAUUUAGCUGGUUCAAGGAUUAUAGCUGAAGAUGAACUCGACUCUCUGACUCUUAAAAGUUCUAUUGAAGAAAUUUUAGAUAAUGAGGGAUUGAUGACAGAGAUGUCUGAGAGAGCUCUCAAGACUGCGAAGCCAGAUGCAUCUGUUGAAAUUGCUAAACACGUUCUUUCUCUUGUAAACUUGUCGUCAACACAAGGAUAAAAUUCUGCAUCAUGCUUGCAUCUAUUACUGAAAGAUAAAAAUCUUAAUUGUGAACGUCA